UCAGUCCUGAGGUAUUAUAUUUUCUUAUAAAACAGUUGCCUUGUGUUGUGGGAGUUUGGUAUAGCUGGGUGUUGACUGGAGUGGUUGUUCAGAGUUGAGCUUGUGUAAAUCUACCCUGACUUUGUGGGGUAAACACAGGGGUUGACAGCCCCUAUUGACAGCCAGCUCCCUUUCCCCAGGCAUAGUCACAGAGGCUGACUCUCACCCAUUCAGGAACAAGAGACAGGACAGAGUGGCUGGAAGCUAUAGCCCUAGGCUUUCUGUGAAUAACAGGCAUCCAACUGAAGCCUUAUCCGCACUGAUAGACUGGACUGUGGCCAGUUUUCCCGGUUAUUUUCUCCUGGAGUUUAGUGCGUUCAUCUGCAGGAAACCUUCACACAUUGUGCAGCUGGGAAAUUGGACACAACACAGCCAGCCUCAAUUUGACUUCAGUGAACACUGGGUGGGGAAAGCGCUAGAGCAUUGGGAGUAGCAGAAAACCUUAGAAAUCAGAGCUCCAGUCACCCAGUGUUACUUGGAGACACCAGGGGACCCAGGCACUACAACUGUAGUGAGAGCUGGCUGGUUGGCUGCUGAAGCUUCUGUGGGCAGACUCCCUUUACAUCCACCCAGCCUCAUCUGCAACAAGGACCAUUCUCUUUGCGUGCUCAGAAAGGUUGUAUAGAGCAGGUGUCCCUUAAUUGAACAGUAGGUUGGACAGAGCAGGUGCCCCUAAAUGAGCGGGAUGGCUGCUAAUGAUGAGGAAAAGGCUACUGUAGAGCCUAUGAUGGUAGACGAUACUCAACCCAAGUUUUCCCAGCCCACCAGGUUUCAGAGAUUUCGCUCUUCACUGCGAAAUGGUCUCUCCAAGGUUGGAGCAUGGGCAAGGAACCCCCACAACCUGUUACUGCUGAUGACCAUAGCUGGAGUAAUCCUGGGUGUCAUCCUGGGGUUCCUGCUCAGACUGACCAAGCCCAGCCCAGAGGCCAUCAUGCUUGUCUCCUUCCCUGGGGAUGUCCUGAUGAGGAUGUUAAAGAUGCUUAUCCUCCCCCUCAUCAUAUCCAGUUUGAUUACAGGUUUGGCUCACCUGGAUGCCAGGUCUAGUGGUCGUAUGGGACUGAGGGCAUUGAUCUAUUACUUCUCCACCACCUUCAUCGCCAUUAUUACUGGUAUCGUCCUCGUCACCAUUAUUCAUCCGGGAGACAAGAGCAUCAAAGAGAAUGUACAAUCCACAGGAACCCAGAAAGCUCAGGUGUCAUCGCUUGAUGCUUUCCUGGAUCUCAUCAGGAACAUUUUUGCUGAAAACCUGGUCCAAGCUACUUUUCAACACACGCAGACUGAGUAUCAAACAGAAAAACAGGCAGUGGUGGAACGCUCCCAGAAGAACAUGUCAGAGAUGUUUAACAUCACCAGUAUGCUGGGCAACGACACAAAUGUUACUGAUGCUGAUGUCCCUACCUUCCAAAAACGAAACUAUGUUUACAUGAACGGAAUGAAUGUCUUAGGGAUCAUCACAUUCUGUAUUGCCUUUGGUAUUCUGAUCAGCCGUAUGGGAGAGAAGGCCCGCAUCAUGGUGGAAUUCUUCACUGUCCUCAAUGACAUUGUCAUGCAGCUUGUGGUCAUCAUCAUGUGGUACUCCCCAUUCGGUAUCAUGUUCCUCAUCAUUGGAAAGAUCAUGGCAUUGCCAGACCUGGGUGCUGUGGCUUCUCAGCUGGGUAUGUACAUGGUAACGGUGCUGGCAGGUUUGGUCAUCCAUGCUGUCAUCACUCUGCCGUUGAUUUACUUCAUCGUCACCCGUAAAAAUCCCCUGCGCUUUGUGCAUGGUGUCUUACAAGCCUGGGUGACAGCCCUUGGAACAGCUUCGAGUUCUGCCACAUUGCCUGUGACCUUUCGUUGCCUGGAAGAAAACCUUAGCAUUGACAAGCGUGUCACUCGCUUUGUGCUGCCUGUAGGUGCCACACUGAACAUGGAUGGCACAGCACUGUAUGAAGCUGUGGCACCCAUAUUUAUUGCACAGAUGAAUGGCAUAGAUCUGGGCAUUGGACAGAUCAUUACUGUCAGUCUGACGGCCACCUGUGCCAGUAUUGGAGCUGCCAGUAUCCCCAGUGCUGGCCUGGUCACUAUGUUAAUGGUGCUUACCUCUGUUGGCCUGCCAGUUGAAGACAUCAGCCUUAUCCUGGCUGUUGACUGGUUUUUGGACAGGAUCCGAACCUCGAUCAACGUUCUGGGCGACUCAUUUGGGGCAGGUGUUGUGGAACACUUGUCUCGUCACGAACUGGAAGCCAGAAGGCAGCAGGAGGAGGAGGUGUUAGCAGAGGAGGGGCAGGGGGAAAAAGGCGAGUGUGAAAACAAGGAGCAGCCUGAGAAGGAGGAGGAGAUGGGGGACAGCAAGGUGUCACUGGAGAAGAAAGAGGCCCCUGAGACACUCUACCCUAACAACUCACUGGAUGAGGUCAAGUCAGAGUAAACCUAUCAAUACAAUUUCACAUGCACAUGCACCUAUCUAAUGUUGUUGUAGGCCAGUGUGACCUGUGUUCAAACCUUCACAAGAUUUGAGAAUUCAUUCUUUUCAAAAAAAAUGGAGAAAAUGGAGUUUUUUGAAAGUGGGCCCUGGAAGUAUCACAAAUGUUAAACCUCUGGUUUAAAUUUACAUUUCUUGAUGGGCAUAUACAUGCUGUGACGGUCUACACAUGUGCAUUAGUAUAUGGGUUGUGCGUAUAACAUCACAUUAACAGAUGUAUGCACCAUCCUGAAUACCCUCCCAUAACCCCACCCACCUCCCUCCCUCCCUCAUCCCACACAGUUCAAAUUAUGCUAUUUUGAGACACUGUUUCUUUUUUUCAUAAAACUAAAGACUAAAGACAAAUCACUGUGUGGCACACACACUCUGAUUAAUAUAGAAUGCCGAUUGUACAUUUUUUGUUUAAAAUAUCAUUACACCAACAUGAAUGUUUAAAAAGCAGGCGUGGUUGUGUUUUUCAUAAGCCAGGUCUAGUAACUAUAUUUUCCCUUCAUUGUUAAUGUGAUGUCAUUGAAAAUAAGGAAAAGGUACUGCUGAGGUGUUGUACAAAAUGUCAGCCAACUGGAGAUAAGCUUUAAUGAUGAACUUAAUAUAUCCGUGUAUGUUGUCAUUAAAAUUCUCUGCAUGUUUACUGAAAUCACACCUGCACAGAAUGAAAUAGUGCUUUGAAGCUGAUUUAUGAAUAUUGUGGCAGUUAAAAUAGUGGUCAACAUCAAGCCUUAGUGACAGAGCAUUAUGUAGACUUGAUGUUUGUAAUUGUGUGAGAGAGCUGCAUUGGGUGAAACUGGCGUUGUGUAUGUAAUGGAUAUUGGGCAAAAGUGCAUGCUACCAGUAUUGUCUCGCUUAAACUUUAGUAUUAAAGCUAGUCGUAAAGUUGUUAAAGACUUUACAAGGCCUGGUUAUAUGCUCAAAUACAUCUAUUUUCGCACAAUAUAUAACUUCAGACCUGUAAUCACCAUGUAAAUAUUAUAGUAUGUUACCAUUUUAUGUAAACAUUAGAAUAUAGUAACAUUCAUAGGCAUUUUUCUCUUAGAUAUAAAUUAAUCAACUGUAAUUUUUUAUCUUGGUGUAUUUUUGACAUAUUUCUGGAACAGUGGUCAAAACUGCCUAAGACAACCUGCAAGCCCUAUACAGUAGUUGGGAUACAGAAGUUGUGUUUUAUCUCGACAUUUCUUAAUUUUUAAGACAUUUUACGUCAUUCAUUGUGGAAUAUAGGCCUACAUGUAAUUUUGUGGGCUUUACUUCAUCAAGCCUGUACUCUGUAACUGGUUCAAAUGCAUACAUAAAUUGCUGCCAUACAUUAUAAAUAUUUUCUCAGAAUUGUUCAGCUUUCAAUUCCAGGAUAAGAGAUUUUUUUCCUGGAUUUCCCACUUUCAGUUCUUCAAGUACAUAUAUAUUUUACCAAAGGUUGAAAAUUUCAGUGUACUUCUUUACUUGACUGGAAUAUUAAACUCUCUGCUGAUGUUUUUACUUUUUAGUCUUCAGUGCCAAAUCACAACUUUAUAAUCCAUGUACCAACAACGAAUUAUUUUAACAAGUCAUGCUUACCAUAUAGAUAUACAUUAUAUAUAUAUAUA